UGGGCGCGACCUCAGGGGCCCCGGCGUCCCCUCCAUGACCCCCGCGGCCCAGGCCGCUCUUUGCAUCUUGUCUCGCCCGCAGCUGGCCCCGACCGGUCCAGGGGCCCGAACGCGACCUUGGACAAGUCUGCCAUCCCGGGUCGCCCCUGCUUCGGCCUCCGGUGCGGGGCACUUCCCGAGGCAGUGAAGCCCGAGCGGGGGGGUGGGGGUGGGGAACUGAGGCAAGAACCGUACUUUAACUCCACCCCUGCCCCUGGAGGCCGCCCUCUCAGUGGUGGCUACAAACUUUAGCGUCUCAUAAGUUACGGAGCACAGGAGCGCUUGGAGCACUUGGUCCCUGCGGCGCUGGAUGCCAUGAGUUGCUAAAAGUGAGCCUGUCUUUUCAGCUCUCUUGGGGCACAGUGUCGGGGGCACAGAGCCAUGUCUGACCUGCUCCUCCUGGGCCUGAUUGGGGGCCUGACUCUGCUGCUGCUGCUGACACUGCUGGCCUUUGCUGGGUACUCAGGGCUGCUGGCCAGGGUGGCGGUGAGUGCCGGCUCACCUCCCAUCCGCAAUGUCACUGUGGCCUACAAGUUCCACAUGGGGCCCUACAGCGAGACUGGGCGGCUUUUCACCGAGAGCUGCAGUGUCUCCCCCAAGCUCCGCUCCAUCGCCGUCUACUACGACAACCCCUACAUGGUACCCCCUGAGAAGUGCCGCUGUGCAGUGGGCAGCAUUCUGAGUGAGGGUGAGGAGUCUCCCUCCCCUGAGCUCAUCCAGCUCUACCAGAAGUUUGGCUUCAAUGUGUUCUCCUUCCCAGCACCUAGCCAUGUGGUGACAGCCACCUUCCCCUACACCUCCAGCCUGUCCAUCUGGCUGGCUACCCGCCGUGUCCAUCCUGCCCUGGAUGCCUACAUCAAGGAGCGGAAGCUGUGUGCCCACCCUCGGCUGGAGAUCUACCAGCAAGACCAGAUCUAUUUCAUGUGCCCACUGGCACGGCAGGGAGACUUCUAUGUGCCUGAGGUGAAGGAGACAGAGCGGAAAAGCCGGGGGCCUGCGGAGGCCAGUGACACCCAGAUGGAUGGCACAGGUAUGGAGGGUGGGGCCCUGCGCAGAGGUGGAGGAAGGAGACCUGCCCACCUCACAACCCACAUGAGAAUUGCCUAUUUCUGGAUACGUGGAUCCAUGCAGAUUGGGUUCACACAUGUUAGCCCUGGCAGUACCGAUACAAAGACCCUGCAGAUGCAACGAGAAGUACCUUUGGAAACAGGUGCUCCUGGGACCCCAGGGGAUGGGGCUAUUCAGGAAAGGCAUCACUUGGGUGGGGCUCAUCAGAAAAUAAGAUUGGCCCUGGAUCUGGAAGGUAGAGAGGAGAGAACAGGGUGUUCCCAGUACAGAGCCCUACCCAGAGGCAGCUGCUUCCUCCCUGCUGAAGAACAACCAGAGAGUGUGCCGAAGGGUGCCAGGAGAUCAGCCCCUUGCCCCUUCCACCAGAGCUAGCCUUCGUCCUCCAGGUCCAGGCCAGCUGGUAAUUUGCUGGCUUUCAGCCCACCUCCCUGCCAGGCUGUCCCCAGGAGCAAGAGGGCCUGCUAGUAACAUCCCAGGGGGCCCAGCCCUAGUCCGUGGUGAUGGAGGCCCAUCACCUGUGGGAGUGGCACACCCCCCCAGUGGAUAGCUGGGAGGAGAGCGGCUAUCCCUCCUUCUUUGGGAGACUUCCUCUGUCCAGCCAAUCUUCAAUAACCAAGGUCAUCCUAGAAAGGCAUAUGUUGUGGCGGGGGGUAAGGGUACUGAGAGGCAGUCACCACUCCCUAGAGGCCGUGUCCAACACAGUUAACUUCAUCUGCUGUUUAAUUACCUCCGUGGGGCACUGUUCCCACCCGCCUGGUAAUGCCCGGCAGACAUUCUUCAGUUGCGCCUACUGUGAGCACAAGACAUGGCACAAGGUCAGCAGGCCCAGGCAGUCUCUAGGGCAGGAAGGGGGAGUGUCUUGACCUUCUUUCGACCUCCCUCUGCUGUCUACACUCCCGUCCUCAGCCACCCCCCCCCAGCUUUCUCCCAAACACUGCCUGCCAGGGGUAUUGAAGAACUGCUUGGCACCCGCUACAGCUGGCUGCAGCGUAGCUCCCACGCCCCCAGUGCCUUGGCCUGUCUUCCCCACUAGCCUGCCCACCCACUCCCUGCUGGGCAGGGGGGUCGUGGAGUCUGCCCACCUCUGACAGCAUCUGCCCUGACACCCAGGGCGGACUCUGAGUAUGUGCCUGCCAGGUGCAUGCCAUUUGCACAGCAGUGUGUGCGGGGUGCCUGGCUGCCCAGGGCUUGGCCUGCCCCUGACUGCCUCCCCACUGGGGCCCCCGCUUGGGCUAGGAGGUGAAAGGGGGUGAUUAGCUGCCUUAUGCCUGUUAUUACAUUGAUGUAUUAUUUAGCUCCAGAGAGGCAAUGAAUAUUUGAUCUCCUUGCACUGGCUGUGGGCAGUGGGGGAGGGAGGGACAGGGGUGAAGGUGGCAGCUUCAUUCUCUGCCCCGGCAGCCCUAGAGACAUAGGUUCUGCUCUUCCUUGCCUGGCCUUUUCUGUCCUGGGAGAGGGGCCUAAGACUCUGGAAGUUCUUCUGGUGCAGACCAUGGUGGGGCUGGAGGGAUGCCACUUCCUUGCCUUGGACUCAUUUGCCAGAAGUGUCCACAUGUCCCCCCAGGGGCUGGCCUCAUCUGAGCAUCCUGGGCCCCAACCUAAAGGGCCACCCCUGGACUCCAUCCUCUGACCGUUCCUAGCCCAGGAGCUGGGACAGGGAGGAGUCAGCCUCCUGGCAAGCAGGCACGUUCCCAUACCAGGUCCCACGAGAGCCAUUGGGUAGGUGGGCUGGUGGAACAUGACAGUUUAAUGGGGCCUGGGAGCCCCAUUUCAUUUGCUUCUUUCAGGCCUGCAGCCUCUGGAGCACUGAUUAUCCCCACUGAAGGAGUGAAUAAGGGGCUGGAGUCAUGCCCUAAAGUUAGAAGGAACCACCCAUAACUCAGGAUAUAGCCCAAGCUCACUCUUAGCUGCCUCUAUUCUGGGAACCAUGACUGGGGCCCCAGCAAGAAGAGGGCCCUGGGCCAGUAGGCUAGCACUUCCAGAGCCUACCUCACCUCUGCCAGUAGGCCCAAGGGAUAUCUUCUUAGGGCCAAGGGAACUGAAGGAGCAGACCCCCAAAUCCCCCCACCCUUAUUUUAGUCCCCAUCUGAGGCACAGUGGAAGUUCCAGGUCAAGUCCAAAAGCCAAGCAGUUCCCAGCUGCUCCUGGCUCAGGCUUGCAUCACCAUGGAGACAGGAUCUGGGGAAAUUGGCCCACCCCUCACCUCUGUGAUGUUUGACAGCUGCCCCUCUCCCUCUCACACAGAAGGGGGUGCAUAUCAGCCUUCUCUCAAUCUGGAUUCCUACACAGGGGGCCUGAGCUCUUUGUCCCUUCCUUUCCCUACCCCCCUACCCCAACUGUUGUUAGUACCUCUGAUCUGUGGACUUGAGUUGAGGCGUUGCUCCUGAACAGGGCAAAUGAAGUGUCUUCUUGCCUGGAGGAUGUGUUAGGGGUGGGAGGAACAUACUGGGAGGGAUAUGGACCCUCAGCCCUGUCUCAGGGCUCUCCAGCUGCCAGCACAGUGCUCUCAUGGUCACCUUCUGCUGCUUUGUGGCUCAGGAACCACCAGUAAUGGUUGGGGAUAAUUAAGGCUCCUCUCGGGUGGCCCAUCCAUAGGGGACGAAAGCCCUUAAAAUGCUUUAUCCUGGUAUCCCCCUUCCUUGCAAUUGGUUUCUCUGGACUUCUCUAUCCCACUUCUCUCUGCCCUAGUUGCCUCCUCAAACUAGGGCUCAUUGGGGCCAGAGGCUGAGGCCAGCUGCCUUCCUGGAUGUGGCUGUUCCUUGGGGAGCCCUGCAUGGGGGAGGGGGCAAGAGAGUAGGCCUUCUGGUCCAUUCUCCCAUCCUCAUGCCUUAUGGGCACGCUAGCCUUGGACAGACCUUUCUCCAAGCCUGAAAUGGGAUGUGGAGGAGGGGACAUUACUUGAAUCUCUUUGUUCUACCCUUAGCUCUCCACCUCAGGGCUGAGUGGUCCUUAAUGGACUCUUGGGGGGUUGGGGGGGCAGCAGGCUUUGUGGGAGCACAGGGAGUUGUGAGGCUAAUUCAAGGGGAGGGAGAGGAGUGCACAGCAGGCUGUCCUCUCUCCCUCCAUCCCUCCCUUUGCCCUGUCAGUGCAGCUCUGGCCAGGGCAGAGGGCAGAGGGCAGCUGGAAUGAGCCUCUUGAGGUAGGGCCCACUUUAUUACUCAUGAGCACACUGUGCAUGCUGGUUCCCGAGCAAGUGGAGGUUGUCUGUCCUCUCCCCGGAGGAGGGGAUGGGGGUCCUAGCUAACGUGUGCUCCCUCUUCUUG